UCACUCACAUCUACCAAUUUCUAAGCCAAGCUCUCGGGAGAUCGUUUUAGUUGGCUCUGAGCCGUGGAAGAGCGUGGAAGCAGGGCCAGAACCGAAACAGAAACAAUCUAAAAACACGAAACCGAAAGUCAAAAGCCAAAAAACUUGAUCGCUUAUGGGUAAGAGGGAGGCGUGGCCAGUGGAGGCGAAUAAACUGAAAGCUCAGCAAAGAACCCAAAAAGAAAAUGUGUCCAGGAACGCCUUUGGUAACGUGAUACAGGCCCAGGUUGCCCCGGCUGCCACCCAGCACGACCACAUGCUCCUCCGCCAGCCAGCUGCUGCCACGUUCAAAAUAGAAAGUGCUCUAAGAUGAAACAAACCGCCGCCACCAGAGUAACAGAAUGAGCGAAUCGGAACCCAAUAGCCUGGAGUUCAUUGAGGACUCAUACCUACCGGGCAUCGAUGAUCUCACAAGCACGCCGUCGCUAGAUCUGGAAGCCAUCGAUCCUGCCCUCGACUGGUAUGGCGAUGGUAUACAGGAGAGCGAGGCGGAGCUGUAUCUUCGUAAUCUGACACUCGAUCAGAUCUUUUACGAUGUGGACUCGGACUAUGCGAAUAGCCUGGAGUUGCAGGCGGUGGAAGCGGAGUUCAUAGGCGCCAAACUGGCUAAUCAGACACCCUCCUCCUCCCUGGCGAAGCGCUUCCGCUUGAAGUUCUUCACCAAGCGUACCAUGCGCGACGUUAAGGUCACGUUCAUAGACUUCUCCAAGCCGUAUCUGGCCAAGAUAUCGAAUAGCGACAAUUACAAGAGAUUUCUCAACAUUGGGCAUAGCGGUAGAGAUAAUACAGCCAACCUUUCGGAGCCAGCAUCUCCAGCAGCUUCUGUGGCAUCAGCAGAAAUUGCAGCCGAGUUUGCUGCCCUCACGGUGGAGGAGAAGGAGCAGCGUCGCGCCGAAUGGAGUCAGGAAUUGGCCCGCGUCGAGGAGGAGAUCAAUACGCUGCGCACUGUCCUCGCAUCCAAGACGCGCCAUGCCUCCGACCUUAAGCGCAAGCUGGGCAUCACCGUCUGGAAAGAGGUGACGGACGAUGUUAACCAGGGCCUGAGGAACAUCAAAGAGAGCACUGUUUUCCAAUCGGUGGAGCAGAGCGUGGGCAAUUUUUCAAAGGCCGUGCACGAAGCACCCCUAUACCAACGAACCGAGUCGGUACUGAAGUCCACGGGCGAGAAGACCGCCUCGGUCUUUGGCAGCAUCACCAGCGGCAUUACCUCAAAAUUGUCGCAAAUGAAAAAUUCCGAGUCGAUGCGUUCUAUUGAGGCUUCUGUGGGCUCGGCCUACGAGAACGUUAAAGUAAGCUAUGAACACAACAAUUUUAUGUGCCAAUCUCAUGCGACCAAGGUGACAUCCCGAUCGGGUUCGGUAUCCAGUUUCCCAGACGCCUUGGACGAGAACAACACAUCCUCGGGCCUCAACUCACCCACAGACUCACUCACCAAGUAGAUUCAAUCGGAAACAGUGCUCGGCGAAUCAAAAUCAUAUUAAUGAGGAUACAAUUUAUGCUAAACACAAAACACAAUCACACACCACACAACACUACACACUACACUUACACCCGAAUCCACAACAACAAAACACUCUAAUAACUUAUUUAACUAAUGCGAACUGUCGCGUCUGCGCACUAACACCAGGAUCAGAAUUUAAUUAUUAGCUAAAGAUCAUAUGUGCGUGUGUAAUUGUACGAUAUAUAUAUAUACUUAUGUAACUGAAAUUAACUAAAAUUGUGCUGCAUUUCUGGCAAAAGGGAGCACACACCAUGUAUGCAUCUAUGUAAUUGUGAGACACCAUCGAACUGCAUGAUUGUUUUAAUCUUUUUGGCAAGUCGGCAGCAGGUCUAUGGUCUAUAUAGCUUGCUAAAAUAAUUAAUAACUAAGUUUAUGUCUAAAGACUUAUCACAACCAACCUUGGGUGUCUGUAACGAAAAGGAAGUUAGUUUUCAUUCCCAAAAAAAGCAAAAAAUUAUUUCCAAUUUUCAGAAUACAUUUCUAAAAAAAAUUUAAGUAUUGCUGAGUACUGAGUUUUUUACAUUUUAAACUUGUUUUACACUUUUGUCUCUUCUUUAGGCUUUGAGUUACGUGAUUAGAUGGCGAAACGGUUCCCGAUAAGUGCGAAUUCCAAUAAUUGUUUUCAAAUUCUUUUUUCGAAAUGCAAUCAGAGCUUGCGUGCAAAAUAAAUGAAAAUCCAUUGGUUAGUUUAAGGAGGGUACAACCCGUACUGCUAGAAAGAAAAAAACACACAUACACCGUUUGUUGCUAAUGCUGGUUUAAAAUUUGCUAUAUGUGUAUAAAAUCUUUAAAUAAAUGCAAAAUUUUUUGCCCUAUAAAAUACAAA